AUGGCAAAUCUUUGUUUUCAUUUCCCCUUUCUCUUGUUUUCCCUACUUUGUUUUCAUUUCACUUUAUGCUUCACCAAUUUCACUACGUAUGAUGAAUUGGCACUACUUGCUUUGAAGUUUUCUGUUAAGGACCCUUACAAUUACUUGGCUAAUUGGUCCAACUCUUCUUCCAUUUGCAAUUGGGUUGGGGUUAUGUGUGAUGCUCACCAUGAGAGAGUAAUAGUCUUGAAUCUUGGUGAGAUGGGUCUCAAGGGAACUUUGCCCUCAAAAAUUGGGAAUCUGUCUUUCUUGGUUGAACUUGACCUUCAUAGUAACAACCUUUAUGGUGAGUUGCCAAAAGAGUUGAUCCAAUUACACAAGCUACAAAUUCUCAACUUGAGCUACAAUGAAUUCAAGGGAGAAAUUCCAACUUGGAUUGGAAGCUUAUUCAUGCUUCAACACUUCCAUCUCCGUAACAACAGUUUUGGAGGUGUUUUUCCUAAAAGCAUAUCCAAUUUGUCAAAUAAACAAGCUUUUAGGAAAAAUACCUCCAACUAUCUCCAACUUACCUCACUUGAGUUGUUGUCUUUGUCUCGCAACUUCUUAACAGGAGAUAUUCCGAAUGAGAUUGCCAAUCUUACAAAUCUUAAAAUUAUGUACUUGGGUCGAAAUCAACUCAUUGGCUACAUACCUAGAAGCAUUGGAAGUUUGGUUUCGCUUCAGGAAUUACAGCUUGGUUCCAAUAAUUUACAAGGAGAUAUACCAAGAGAGAUUGGCCAUCUUCAAAAUCUAAAGCUUCUAUAUUUGGGUGGAAAUAAUCUUUCUGGCCAAAUACCAUCAAAUAUCUUCAAUAUUUCAGAGUUACAAGUGAUUGAUUUAAGCUGGAAUGAUUUGUCCAAAGUAUUCCCUCAAGUGUAUGUCAUGGACUUCCAAAAUUACAAGGGCUAUAUCUUCAAGAAAAUGCAUUAUCUGGAGCCCUGCCAUCCAAUUGGAUACAAUGCAAAGAGCUCAAAGACUUACAUUUAG